AAUGGCAGCCGUCCUCUGUUUUCGUUCGGCUCACCGGACGGCCCAACGGCUCCAUCGCGGCUCUGGCCACCAAGAGGCCCAGACGAGUCCAUGUUGUUUCUCGCAGCUGUCGUGUGCAGUACUACACAAUAGCCCUGCCAUUAUUACGUCUGCCCAUGACCCAAUAGGCGGCCCAGGGACAUGGAAUUUACACAUUGCCCAUACCUGCCGUCAUGUCUCGUGAACAGCCCUGCUCCGCCCAUCCCAUCUUCCAGCCCACCACCUGCCCAACUCUCUUCCUUCUCGACUUGUCCUUUGCCCCCUUUCCCUCGCAUUGAUCUGCUCCUGGUUCGUGUUGCAGGAAACACGACAUCCUCAAACGAGUAGGCAGCUCGUCUUCGGCCGCGACCUCCUCUGCUGUCCUUACCGAAGCUGCCGAAGCUGCCCUUGGUCGAUCAUCCAUCCCCUCUUUUUUUUCCUUUUUGAUAUUACCUUCACUUCUAGUAUAGCUCAACGUUCAUAACUUAUCGGAGAGCGCCUGGAGCGCCCACUUCACCGCAACCGCGAAGCCAACGAAGCCUCCGCCCCGCCUCCCGACGGAGGCCCGCGCAGUAGCCAAAAUGGUGCUCACCAUGAUUAGCUUCAUCGGCGGCUUCGGUGCCGUCUUCGGCUCCGCCGAGGGCAUCCGCGCCUCGCAGUCCAAGUCGCGCCGCGAGGAGCACCGGAGCCGCAAACAGAACCUUGUCGCCCACUGUCCCAAAGGCUCUCAGUAUACUCCGACGCUGGAAGGCAGGCAGAUCGUCUUGUCGGGUGGCCGCUGCUUCGUCGACACUGGCGUCCUGCACGACCAGCCCUUCGGCCACCCCUUCCUGGGCUACUUCCUCCCUUACCCAGAGGCGCGCUACUCGGGCCUCGUCAGCACCAUCACGGACGAGGCCCCGAUCAUGAACUGGAUCUUUGUCGAUGUCGAGACGCAGCAGGUCCGCUUCGGCAACCGCCAGGUUUCCGAGGGCCAGAUCACCGGCCCUUGGGACGUCACUCGCCAGGACAGGCGCCUGACCCUCUCGGGAUGGGAGGGCUUCUGCGCCGUCUACGAGGAUGGGGGCGUCUGGGGCCUCUACUUUGACCGCGACGGUGACCUGCUCAAGAAGAAGGCGCCCGGCAAGAUAGUCAUCGAGCUGGAGCUGAUGCGGCGCGAGGUCAGGACCAGGAGACCUGUCAUCGAGGAAGAGCUGACCCCCGAGGAGCAGGCCGCUGCCGUCGCAAAGGCCCAAGCUGAGCAGGAGGCACAGAAAAAGCAAGCACAGCCCUCGCAGGAACAAAGUAAGGAGGGCGAGCAGAAAACAGACGAGAAGGCAGAGCAGAAGGCAGAUAAGACUGCAGACCAAAAAGCAGAACAGAAGCCGGGGCAACAACCGCAAGAGAAAUCGCCUUCGCAGCCCCCUGCGCUCGAGAAAGAGUCUGAACCACAGCCGAAACCUCAAGCCGAAGAGCAACAAACAGCUCAGGAGCCGCCACAUCAACCGGACCAGGCCGCGGAGCACAAACCGCAGCCAGCCGAAGCCAGCGACCAACCCCGAUCCAAAAGCCCAGAGAGCACACAGUCUCGGGAGCGCAAACUCCAGUCUCCCCCGCUGAUCGAGCGGGAACCGCAAGGGGACAAGUCAAGCGAGGGGGAACAACAUCAGCAACAGUCGAAACGCCGCCAGAGGAGAAGAAGGCGCGGCAACCAGCAAAACUCCAGCUCCGACGAUGAGCCGCGAGGCAGGGAGCCGCCGGCAGAGCAGCAGCCCACCGGUAGCCGCAGCGCCCAGAGCAGAAAGAGGCAGCCAGAGUCGCGGGUUUCGAGCUCGUCGCCCCACGCAUCCAGCUCCUCGGCCCUAUCCCCGCGCAUCUCGGGCUCGUCUGGCGCAUCGUUCCGCGAGUCGGACUCGUCCCUCACCUCGCCCCGCGCUUCCGCCACCUCGGACUCGUCCCCUUCUCCUCGGCGAUCGCGCCACAAUAACAACAACAACGUCACCACUCCCCGCUGCAUGUCGGCCGCUUCCAACCGGACUUCGGACUCAUCCCUGAUCUCCCCCAGGCCGCUGAGCGCGCCUGGCACCUCGCGCCGGUCACGCAGGAACAACAACGGCAACACUAGCAGCGACCCGUCCUCGCCCCGCGGCAUGAGCAGCGGCAACUCGUCGCCGAUCCCCCGCUCCUCCAGUUCCGAGGCGUCUCUAUCGCCCACGCGCCAGCCGAACAACAACAGUGUCCCCUCGUCGCCCCGAUCCCUGGGCAGCGGGCGGUCCUCACCGUCAGACGGCCGCCCAUCCAGCGUCGGCUCGUCCUCUCCGCCCCGCCGGCGCGGAAACGCCAGGCCGUCCAGUAUGCCCCCUCGCGCGCUGUCCAACAGCCAAGCGACGCCAAAGGCAUCAUCGUCCCGCAAGGGCAAGGCCCCUGCCGUUCCUCCCGUGCCCGCCCCUACCACUGCCGCUGCCGCUGCCGCAACCUCGUCGCGGCCCGAGCCCCCGCGGACCCCGCCGGCCCAGGCCUCAAAGCCCACCUCGCCGCGCCUCCCGGCGGCCAAGCCGGAGACGGAGGAAGAGCGGCGGGCCCGCGUGCUCAGGGCGCAGAUGCAGCACACCCAGCAGGGACAAGACGCUCGGCAGCAGGGCGGCAAUGCGCCCCCCAGGCCGGGGACCGGCAUGUCGGUCAGCAGCAACUUUGAGAUCAUCCCCGACGUCGGCGCCAUGCUCCGCGACUACAUUGCCCGCUCGGGCAACAAGUACCAGAAGCCGACCGUGGAGGAUUCCUCCGAGGAUGAUUCUCAGAUGCCUGCUUCCCCCGACGUGGACUGAGAUGUAAUCGGGUGGAUUGUCUUUUUUUUUCUUGCUCUUAUACAAUACGGUCUUCUUUCUGAAGUCUGCCAUCAAGGUCGCGCAAAAGCUCGGCUUUUAUCUUGUACACUUCUUUAGCUCAGGCACAGCCGAGACAGAUAGGCCAUUUAGUUUUCAUACAAAAUGCUCAUUGGCGGCCAAAUGAAC